AUGACCCUCAUCAAGAUCUCCAUCACCUCAGACCCAGUUUGUCCUUGGUGCUACAUCGCUUACCGCCGCCUACUCAAAGCCAUCGCCCUCUUCCAGAAGACCUACCCCGGUGCCCGUAACGAUGAAAUCCGAAUCACCUGGAAACCCUAUUUUCUGGACCGCGACGCUCCGAUGGAAAGUGUUCCCUAUCUUGACCGAAUGAUCCAGAAACUGGGCGACGCGGACAAAGUACCAGGCGCGCAGGCGCACCUGCGCCGACUAGGCCUCCAAGAUGGUAUCCAGUUCCGAUUCGGGGGCCGCAUUGGGAAUACGCUGCGCGCGCACCAGUUGAUCCUGUGGAGUGAGCUGCAGGACAGCGCGAAUGAGCGGCAGACGAGCGAGAUCACGAAUGCGGUGGUGCAGGCGCUCUUCCAGGCGCAUUUUGAAGAGGAACGCGAUAUCUGUGAUGUGGAGACGCUGGUGCGGAUCGCCGCGCAGGCGUGUCCGGGGCUGGAUGUCGAUGGCCUGGGCCUGCGGGCGUGGUUGGAGACCGGCCGCGGGGUGGCGCGGAUUGAGUGGCUGGCGGACCAGGCUCGCGCUGAGGGGUUGUUGGGCGUGCCCUACUUCCAGAUGGGGGAGGGUGAGGGUGGGAAGACAUUGAACGGCGCGCAGGAUGUGAAUGAGUUUCUGGAGACUUUGGUGGCGUAUAAGGAGGGGUCAAGCACCACUACCACCGCCACUGCCACUGCCACUACGGAUGAGGCCUUGGGGAAUACAUGCUAG